CAUCUUUGAUAGGGGCAUCGUGUCCUAUCAGAGGCCUUGUGCCUCUCGCCCCUUCCAAGAUGGUCCCUGAGCGAUUAUCUGUCCGCCAUCUUGGAAUCGGGCGGGAAGUGGCGGGAGAAAGUGAGUCACGUGAGAAAGCCGCUCCGUUCCACCCCCCCCCCCCGCUGAGGGGCGGCUCAAGCGGCUAACCCGGAAGCUGCUCGCGGGAAGGGGAAGUGUCUGACUGCGGAGCUGCCACUUGGCCUCCAUGGCAGCCGCGGGGGACGCCGGGCGCAAAGGGGAGCCGGAAGCCUAAGGGACUGAGCUCCCCGCUGAACCGCUCCCCGCCCCCCUCCGCCAGUCCGCUGAGACCAGGGGCCCGUGGGGGAAGGCGAAGGCGUUGCCGGCGUCUCCCCGCGGCCGGUAGGAAGGGCCAGGCUCGCUCCCUCCGUCCCCGUUGUGUCUCGGGGCGAGCGGCCUUUCUGUUGCCCCUGGGGCUGGUAUCGUCUGUGAGCGGGGUGGGCCCUUCUCUCACCCGGGCGAAAAAGUGCCCCCCUGCCCCCAGGCUGUGGGAGAGAAAGGGCCUUUCCGCUCCCCCGGGGGUGGCCUAAUCCCCUGUGGCCCUUGACAGGGGAGGCGGCGAGAGGGAGAGAAUCGUGGGAUCCCAGCUGCUGUUGACAGAUCCAGGGAUCAGGGCCGGGAAGCGGGGUGUCUCUCUCACACACUUAGCUCUUGGGGGAGGGAGGGAGUUUGUGGCACCACCGGGGAAGAGGCGCCUCUGACCUUCAUGACUCUGCUGGAGCCGCAACACCUGAACAAGUUGAAAAACUACAUGCACUAAAAGCUGGAGAAGUUGAAUUUCACUUUAAGCGAGUGGACAAAAAGCAACAACAUGGAUGAUUUCAUCUCCAUCAGUUUGCUGUCUCUGGCUAUGCUGGUGGGCUGUUACGUGGCAGGGAUUAUCCCCUUGGCAGUUAAUUUUUCAGAGGAAAGGUUAAAGCUGGUGACAGUUCUGGGUGCUGGGCUCCUCUGCGGAACUGCCUUGGCGGUAAUUGUACCUGAAGGAGUACAUGCACUUUAUGAAGACAUUUUGGACGGAAAGCACCAUCAGGCCAGUGAGACUCAAAAUGUGAUUGAAUCUGAGAAAGCAGCAGAAAUAACAGCUGAGCAUGAGCAUGGCCAUGACCAUUCAAAAUUACACGCGUACAUUGGUGUUUCCCUUGUCCUUGGUUUUGUCUUCAUGCUUUUGGUGGACCAGAUAGGCAGCUCCCACGUGCACUCUACAGAUGACCCAGAAGCGGCAAGGUCAGGCAAUUCCAAAAUCACUACUACACUGGGACUAGUGGUCCAUGCUGCAGCUGAUGGUGUUGCAUUGGGGGCAGCAGCUUCUACUUCCCAGACCAGUGUCCAGUUAAUAGUGUUUGUUGCAAUUAUGUUACACAAGGCACCAGCUGCUUUUGGCCUGGUUUCCUUUCUAAUGCAUGCUGGGCUGGAACGGAAUCGAAUCAGAAAGCACUUGCUGGUCUUUGCAUUGGCAGCACCUGUUUUGUCAAUGGUGACAUACUUAGGGCUAAGCAAGAGCAGCAAAGAAGCCCUUUCAGAAGUCAACGCCACUGGAGUUGCCAUGCUUUUCUCUGCUGGGACUUUUCUUUAUGUUGCCACAGUGCACGUCCUCCCAGAGGUGGGAGGAAUGGGGCAUAGCCACAAACCUGAAUCAACAGGUGGGAAAGGACUCAGCCGCCUGGAGGUGGCAGCCCUGGUCCUGGGCUGUCUUAUUCCUCUAGUUUUGUCCAUUGGGCACCAGCACUAAAGGUUCAAAGUCACUUGUCUUCUCCUUGAUCUGGUGUGAGCAGUAAAUGUCAGCUGCUCUUUGCAUCGUUGUCUCUCUUACCCUAUCAUCCACCCCAUCUGCGGUAUGGAGUUCAGAGGGAAGCUUGAUUCCAACAUGAGGAAUUCUGGAAAAGCUUUUAGUGUAGCAAAAUAUACUUUGGCAGCCGGACAUAAAUUCUGUGUAAUUUUCUUUUCUGAAGACAUUUGAUAUUUUAAUUUUGAUUUCUGGCCCCUAUUCUCAGGGAAGAUGGACUUUGAAUUUUAAGAAAGGUGAGUGGGGAAGAAUAAAUGGCUCAUCAUGAAAUUGCAAUCACCAAAGUAACUCAGCAUUCACAGCUGAGAAUAAAACAAUGGAUGGAUGCAUUUUAAUAUGUGGAAAUCUUCUUACCAGUAGAAUAGGAGAAUCUCCCCUACAAUUUUUUUAUAUUGUCCUGACAUAUGUGACUGAUCCUUGUAAUAUCAGUGCCACAAGCCUUGCUGUAAAGAUGCAGUACUCAAAAUUCUGGGUAAUGCACUUGUUGCAAAAGACAAUAACUGUGGAUUGGAAAAAACGUUAUUGGACAAAGAUUAGAGGAAGUCUAGGAUGUGAGAAUUCAGCUAGUUUAGUAAGUGGAGAUGACUUUUGCAUUGCAUUUCCUGGAUUAACACAAAGGAACCAAGGAAGUCUUAGAAACAAGGAAAUACUCUGUUUUUACUUGGUUUAUGCAAUGGCUUGUUACAUUAUUUAACAAAAAAAACAAA